UGGAUUGAACGUAUUAAGAGAAAAUCUAAGAUAAACGUAACUUCACAUUUAUUAUCAAUCGAAUAAGGAUUAGGGAAUAUUAAUUGUUUACCAAGUGACGUUUCUAUACUCGCAUUGCUCGUCUCUCUUUUAUAUCUUCAGGAACGAGAUUUCUACGUUAAAUAAUCGGUUUUUCGAUUUUUACGGAUUGCGAAAGCGUAAGCGACACAUCGAUUUAUUCUAAUUUUAACAAUUCUUACGAAUUUGAAGAAAAUUUAUACCGAAUGCAGGAAAGUCCUUACACUCUCUGCUAUGGAAAGCAAGAGUUGCAACAAUUUCAUAAGUUACGUCGGCUUCGAGGAACAUGAAAUGCAGAACUUAGGUUCCAGCAGACGUAAUUCAAUAAAUGAAAAUAGUAUUAAAUUAUUACCGGGGGAAGCUGUCGUUGCUAAAGGUCAAAAUGUCCUUAUGUUUGAACCAGUUAGUGAAUCGAAACAAGGAAUAUCUGGAGUAUUAUCGAUCACUAAUUUCAAACUUACCUUCGUCACUGCGGAUGAUAAUGGGGAUGACAUUUAUCAACAAAAUAAUCUAUACGGAUACACGGAUACGUGUUUAUCGAAUAUCGACACUAUAUACUUGCUUAUGGGGGACAAAAAAAGGAAACUUGUACCAGGAGCAGUGGUUCCAUCGAAAGUGAAAGGAAUAUUCAUUAUAUGUAAAAACCUAAGGACAUGGUCAUUUUCUUUUAAAUUUUCUCCAAUUGGCGAUGGAAAAAACGUGUUAAAUGCUUUACUUCAUCAUGCCUUCCCCACCAAGCAUCAUCUAUUAUUUGCUUAUGAAUAUAAGGAGCCAUAUUAUAGUAGCGUAGAUAAAGAAGUGCAGUUAUUUCGUAAUAUUACCGAUUGGCAGAAUGAAUUAGAUCGCACGUACAGUAGAGGUAUACAUUUGAAAAAUGGUUGGCGAUUAUCAACAGCAAACGUAGAGUUUCAAAUUUGUCCUAGCUUAUCAGAAUAUAUCAUUGUUCCUGCAUCAGUAACAGAUAGUCAAUUAUUUAAAGUAGCUCAGCAUUUCCAAGGUAGUCGUCCACCAGUUUGGUCUUGGUCAAAUGAACAAGGUGCUGCAUUAGUGAAAAUGUCCGAACUUUGUCCAAGUAUCACCGAAAGAACUCAAGAAAAUAUUAUGUUAGAAAAUAUUCGUAAGAAUCAUCCACGAAAAAUACAGCCUGUAAUUAUUGAACUGAACAAAGAUAUUAGCAUAAAGGCUGUGGCAUCGAGUUUUUCUAAAUUCGUCCACUUAUGUUCUCCAGAAAGCGUUAGACAAUUUUUAAUGCAAGAAAAUAAUUUUUAUUCUUUAUUGGAGAGUACGAAAUGGUUGAAGUACGUAUCAUAUUGUUUGCAAAAAGCUGUAGAAGCCAGUGAGCAAUUAAACAACGGAGUUCCAGUUAUAUUACAAGAAGGCGCCGGUAGAGAUGUCUGUUGUAUCAUUUCAAGUUUAGUUCAAUUAUUAUCGGAUCCAUAUUUCCGAACAAUAACAGGAUUUCAGAGCUUAUUACAAAAAGAAUGGGUGGCCGCUGGUCAUCCUUUUUGUGAUCGUCUUGGCCAUCUGAAAAAUGAUGGCUCGAAAAAAUCUCCGUUAUUUUUGCUGUAUUUGGACUGCGUUUGGCAACUUUGUCAACAAUUUCCAGCCGAAUUCGAAUUUACAGAAACGUAUUUAACGACAUUGUGGGACACGGCGCAUAUUUCAAUUUUUGAAACCUUUAUAUUUAAUUGUGAAAGAGAUCGUAUUAAAGCAGCUACAGAUCCAAAUACUCGUUUGGUGCUACGUAGUGUGUGGGACUGGAGGGAACAAUUCAAUGAGCAGGACAUCCUACUGUUCCACAAUCCCCUCUUUAAUCAUCCAGGAUCAUCGAGCCCCUCGUACGCAAAAGGCAAGUCAGCCUUCCUCAAACCCUUGUAUAAAAUAUCCUGCUUGGAGAUUUGGUCGCAAUGCUACUUUCGCUGGAUUCCCCAUCUGGUCAUCAACAACGGCGGUCAUAAUCAAAUUGAAAUGUAUGCAAGACUUCUGCAGAAUGACGUCGCUCAACUCCAGAUGGACAUCAAUGGAGGGGGCGGUAUCUCCUCGUCGCCCAUCGACAAAAUGUCAACUUACCUUCUGCAAAUGAACAUUAAUAGCUUCUAUCCGUUCAGUAACAAGAAAUCGGGAAAUACAGUCAGUACGCCCAUCAUCAACACGUCAUUCAUAAUGAGCGAGAGUAUGAUCGACGCAGAAAGUCUAUUGACGGCCCCUGACUGAUUGCCGUAACGGAAGCUCAAAAUGGAAUAACUUUUUUUUUUCUAUUCGUCGACUCUCCUU